GAUUCAAUUUCACUUCACCUUUGUGAAAAUGCGACGAAAGGAUCAUCAUGUAGACUUAAAUGUUCAACACCGGAUGUAAACAAACCAAUUUUGUUUACAAAAUUGCCAACAUCAGGAGGUCAUGAAGGGGGUUGUUCAAAUGGAACAUGUGGGACUACAAAUGAAAAUCCCAGAUACAAAGUAUCACAGAAUUCCUUGUUAAAUGAAACAUACUUAGAUAUACAUUCUCUUGUAUAUGUUGAGGAUAAUUUCCAGUGGAGAUGUGAGUAUGGAUCAGACCAUUCAAUAGGUGAAGACUUGACUGUAGUCACUGUUCCAUCUACUGUUCAGUUCACACCUGAUCCAACAUCCGGUGACUUCCCACAGAACCUAACUGGGAAAUUUUACUGUGUAUACCCAGUUUCCAGUCUGACUACAAAACUAAUUUCUGAUGAUGGGCAACAUUCUCUAGAUAUGUCUAAUGAAGUAUCGCACACCAAUGGGACAGAUGGAUGUGAUCCACAUGAGUAUACAGUCAUCAGAUACUGCCAACUCAACAGCACCAGUUUGGUAGGAAAAACUGUUCAAUUCCAGAUAGAGGCCAGAAUCAUUGACCAAAAAAUUGUCAGUAACCCCACAAGUCAAAGGUUUGAUUUUCCAGAGCCCCCUAUUGCUGUAGGACUUUCAACUGGACUCCUGAUCUUAAGCUGUAAUUAUGUCUUAGCAUAUGCCAUCACUGGCAUAGUCUUACUAACAUGCUGUAAACCUCUCUGGAACAAGCGCUUUGACCUGGUAAUAGCAUAUAUAUUAGUAGGUGUCACUGGCUUGGGAUGUGUAGUUGCUGGUUAUAUGCUAUCCGAUACAGUAAAUGAGGACAUUAGCUUGGCAUUGACCAUUGUUGGAUUGGUGAUCAGUUUAGUUUCGUUGUCCAUCGUCAUCGCAAUUAUUGUUUUUGUGAUCAAGUCCAAGCAUGACAAACGUGAUGGUUCAUUGACUCAGGCCGUAAACAAGGGACUUUUGGACAUGACACCAGUAUCAAAUGAACAAUAGAGGCAAAACUAGAUUAUUUAGACAACAACACAUCAAGUACCUGGCUGUUAUGCUGAUUCCAUAUAUAUCUCUUUUUAGUGAAAUAUUUUAAAUAUUCAUUUCAACAUUAGAGAUAUUGCAUUGUAACUUUAAAAAAGGGUCAAUGUAUUUGUUUUUCUUUGGAAUAGGAAUACUCUUAUGAUGUUUGUCAAAAAAUACACUAAUACUACACCCACCUAUCAUUCAUUGCUAUCUUUAAAAUGCUAAAUCAUUCAUUUACAUUGUUUUUCACUCAUGAAUGAUAUAGCAUAAUAAGCAAGUAUAUUAUAUAUAUAUAUAUAUAUAUUCUUGAAAUAUGAGUAGUAAUGUAUGCCAGGGAAUUUGAACAACAACAACCCAUUCUAGUUUUUAUUGAAAGGUGUACUUUCGAUAAUUAAUCACGUCUCACGGAUGCUUGGUUUGUAGUGUGUUUAACCUUAUAUCGAUAUUUAAGAUAUACUGCGUUUUACUCAAAACACGUUAUUUUAGAUAAAAGUGAUGGAUUCACACCACCUUAAUUACAUAUGUAUGAUAGGAAGUUUGUAUGUAUUGUUGUCACUAAGAUUUUUUACUAAUCUGAAUGAAUUUCAUGAAAAGUGAUGGCGAGAUGUUUAUUGCAGUCAUUUUAAUGCAAAUAAACAUGGUGUUAUGAGCUACAUCGAUAUCUUUUUAUACUACAUAAGUCUGAUGUAUUAACACAAAUAUUAUGUAUUUGUGUGAGAUUUUUAACAGGUCACAUGACACUGGUGUCCGAAUAUAGGUUUUUUGAUUACAUGUACAAGUCUGCCUUUACAUACUGAGUUUGUUCUCUGGUUCCCUCUCGUACAUUGAAUAACUGUUUUUUGCUGGUGAUGGCACCUGCUCAACUGAUUGUUUUUUUGAAAAUAAUGUUUAGUUGAUAUCUCUAAGAAUCAGCGGGGACUUUACAGAUUUAAUCAUUCAUUGUGUAAUAUGUAACAGUGAAUAAAUAUUUUUAUACAUUACUUUUAUAAAAGUAAAUAGAUGUCUUUUUAAAUAAAUGCAUUAUCAGUUUUAUGAUGAAAUCCCAUGACUGACUUUGUCUUUGAUGAAUAUACUACAUUACACUAGUGUAAAAUGAUAGUAACGUUAUAUAUAUAUAUAAUUAUGUGUAAAUAUAGAUUAUUGUGACGUUGCCAUAGAAAAUGCUAUGACGUUACAUAUUUACAGAUUGUGUUGUGCCUGAACAAUAACAACCUCAGAUGUACAGUUGAAAUAUUUAUCAUAGAAAUGAUUGUUUUCUUCAUCAUUUGCAUAUUCAAUUCCAUUUGGUAUGUGAUUUAUAAGACUCCUCAUUUGUACUCGCAAAGGCUUGUUGAAACAAAACAGAAAAAAAACUAGUUUCCUAAAUUUAUCUGUCAGGUUUACAAUUAUUUAAGUUUAAAAAAUAAGUUGCUAAAUUACUUGUCGAUAAAAUUCAAAAGAUGAUAAAUACAUGUUUAUAUUAUUACACUUAAAUGAUUUGUGUGUUGAUUGAUUCCUAAUCAGUCCUGCUGAUUUUAGUGUGUUCAUUCAGGUCAUCUAACGUAAAUCUGUACCAAAAUCUGUAUAAUCUGUAUUAUAAUGUUGUCUCCCUUAGUUUUAUAUUAAAUCAGUGAAGAUCAUAUAGAACUUUUAGAUGAAUUACUGUUUUAAUCAUAAACAAAUGAUUUCUUACUGUUUCUGAUAGUAAUUGUCCUAAACAUUAAUUACCAUACAAACACUGUAUACAGUGGCUGAUUAAUAUCGUAACAUUCCGACUGGAGUUGAUUCAGUGGUACAUGGUUA